AUGCCCAAGCUAAACUUCAAUAUCGACGAAGCGUCACUACUGAAGGCCUACAAGAUUUCGACACUGAAUCCCACACAAUGGGAAGAGGUCGACCACGAUUUGGGUGACUCUGUAGCAGGAGCGCUCACCGGAAACUAUGACGGCGAGGGGGAUCCGCUGGGAAUUGGAUCGACUGUUGACGUGCAGGACAUGGACAUGGAAUCCAAAGCGUCUGUUCUAAUUAGUUCCAAAUCAUUCGACCCCAAGGCAUUCCUCUCAGUAGUGCACCCCAACGCGACUUACCAGGACCUCGCCUCUGGAAUAUCACGUCUCCAGGCGUCUAUCGAUGCCCGCUCCGAGGCUAUCCGCAUUCUCGUAGAGGACAACUUUGACCGAUUUGUGGCAGUGAAAGCUUCCACUGAUGCUUUGUAUGCUGAAAUGAAGGAAGGCUUAUUGGCCGAGUCUGCGGAGUAUGCAUCGAAGCCGCUUCGGGAUCAGCUAAAGCAGGCUGCGGUCAAGGCGAAUCAGGUUUUCCUCCCCGUACUUGAAAAUGCGUCCAAAGCCCAAAAACUCCGGACAACACUGGGCGUUUUUGAGCGAUCCAAAUUUUUCUUCAACCUCCCCAGUUUUAUAAUCGAGUCAAUCGAGGCGGGGCGUUACGAAGUCGCGAUUCGAGACUACAAGAAAGGCAAAACUCUGCUUGAGACCCGUCCUGGUCAACUUCUUCCAAUUGGUGCUCCGAAGGAUGGGCAGACAUCUGCGCUAGCAGAGCAACAACAGAAGCGGAUUCUUGACAAGGUCUGGGCUAGCGUAGAGAGGGCGAUAGGAGAGAUGAGAAACGUCCUACUAUCACAACUACAGGAUCCGAGCCGAAGCACGGAAGAGCAUGAAAAAACAAUCGAACUACUUUUAGACCUUCCGACAAAUGAGGACCCCGCCUGGACGUAUUUCGAUAGUCAGCACAAGUAUAUCAUAGCUCAGAUGAACAAGACGUAUCGUGCUUCCCUUGAUGUGGUCAAAGCUACAUUAGAAAAAACCGCCACCGAUCCAGAUGGUCCUGAAACGCUAACUAGUGUGAUUACAUCCCAACUGCAGGCGUCUCUAGCGGCCCUAGAAGCAAAGCAACCCGAAGCCGUUGUUGCAGAGUCCGCUGGAGAACCCGUAUGGCAAGCUAUCGUGGACCUAGCCAAGAAUCUAUCAGAGGUGAUGAUGGCAUCUCUCCCCAAUUUUUGGAAGAUUUCGACUAGUUUUACGGAGGGUAAAUUUAAGAAGGUUCAGACCCCAACCGGGACUAGACGGAGUCCCACACAAUGCAAGAUUAUGGCUUUGGAUAUCAUCAAGUUAUAUAUUUCCUUAAUUUCUGAAUUCUUCACUUUAUCGGACAUGGCGGUGAUGUCUUCUCCGGGGGGAACAAAUAACGUCCUACCGCCUCUCGUUCCCGCUAAUUCGAGUUCAUUAUCAACUGCGCAUUACCUCAUGAAGAUUCUUGGCGAGAUCCAAGACACGGUGAACGAAGUCAAUGGAAUGGAAAUAUCUACCGAAGCUACUGCGAGUUUGAAGAGUUUCCUGGAGACCGCGCGUUGGCGUUUCGAGGACAUACUGGUGAACGCGUGGACGAGAGAUGCCCAACUCUUCUAUCACCUGGAGACGUGGACGGCUAGUCCUUCAGAUCCCUCAGCGACCCUGUACCUUACACAGAUGGAGGUGUUCCAACGACAUGUCACUACAGCUGCUUAUAAAUUGGCCGGGGGCGUUGAUUUAUCGUCGGUGUCUCUGACAAAGCCGACAAAACAGAAUCCCAUCACGGCGGCGUUUGUGACGAAGAUUACAAGGACGUUUAUAGAUGUGUUGUAUUCGUUCCUUAAUGGCAUGGUGCAACUCGUCUCCGACGACACGCCUGGUGCCAGUGGGAAGCGGCAGUCCCCCAACCCCGAACUGGAUCUGGUCAAUCCCAUUGAGUUGUUGGAUCUUUCGAAUAGUGACGUCCGCUUGCUGUUGGUAUUGUCAAACUUCAAUCACCUAUCGACAGUAAUUGUGCCUAGCAUGAUUACGCAACUCGAAAAUGCGUUUGGAAUAAGUAUCACCGAGGAUCGACAGACUUUAAUGACGUCUGUUCUAGACCUUGACAAGAAAUUGUUCGAGAGUUAUGCAAAGUCGAAAGCUACCGUUGUCAAAAAUCUUGUCCGCGGCGGUAUCUUGGACAGUGGCAUGGACUGGUAUGAGACACCUCAACCAACAGAGAUUCGGCAAUACAUGUACAAGACAAUGGUGUACCUCGUUGGCGUACAUGCACAGAUUAGUAGUACGGCAGAGACGCUGUUGGAACGGAUCAUGAACUGCCUUGUCGAUGAACUGGCCGAUGAAGCGUUACGCUGCUUCCGACAAGUGAAACGCUUCGGUAUGGGUGGCAUGUUGCGAGCCACUCUCGAGAUUGAGUAUAUGCACCAAACGUUACUCAAGUACGUCACAGACUCUGCGGACGCGGCAUUAUCAGAGCUGUACAACAACAUAUCUCAUGCUUACGCUCGACGUCCUGGAGAUGAAAAUUUGCAGACCAAUCUGGAUCGCGUAAAGAAAACUUUGGCAGAUGCGCGUCGGGCAACUGGUAUUGAGUUCCUUUGCUUCAGAAAGACGACGAACAGGUCGGCGGGUUCUGCCUCGCACGCUAGGCCGCCUAGGGAGCGAGAUCCGGCUCGAAGCGCGCGGCAAUAG